CGUUCGUCUGGUGCAAAAUGGCGGUUUGAUCGUCUGAUUGAUUCGGCAUUAGACUUCAAAUCUUGCCCAUGCCUGACAAUUUCCAACUUGAAAACGAUCGGAUUCUUACGGUAUUAUCGAACGCUAACGGUUCUUUCGGGAAAUGAGUACGGAGAAGGGCGAAACGAAGAGAAAGAAAGGUAUAACAUGGGCUGAAGCCGCCAAACAGGUGUUAGAGAGGUCUACCGAGCCGCUUACACAUAAAGACAUCCUCAAGGUCAUUAAGGAAGAGGGUUUGCGCGAUUUGAGCCGUGGGACAGCGCCCUUAGCGUGUCUUAACGCUAUGCUUCACCAUCACUCUCGUGGGCCAAAUGAUCUAUUUAUUAAAGUCGAAGGACGAAUGAGUUGUUACCGACUCAAUCCAAACAGGGUUGAAACUUCAGGAGAAAAUUCUGCACAAGACUCUGAUUCUGACCUUAUGGAUAUGACUGACGAUGCAGAAUUUAGCAUGUUCCUUGAUAAGGAGAGUGUGAAUGGAUCCCAUCUCAACAAUGGAAAAGUUAAGUUACCUAUGGGAACAAAUGACAUUGUAAUGCCACAGCUGAAACCACCGCCGCCCAAUCUGUCCCCUAGGGAGACCAAACCAAAGGCAGCACUUACAAAAGAUGGACGACUACAAAAAAAACGGGGUCCAAAACCUGGACCUCGCAGUCAGUCAUCAAACAAAAGACCAAGGUUGAGUAGUACAAGGCCAGUGCCAAAGAUGGUGUUGAAAAAUCUCAAAGUAGGUACCAUUGAAAGUGGAUCAGGAAGUAAUGGAAGGAGUGGGAAUGGAAAACAGGUGAAGGCUCCAUCUGUUCUCAUUCCACCCUCAUCCAAACUCAUACCUCCAUCUAGUGCAUCUGUUACAGCCAAUGCCAUCGCAAGCCACAGCUUUCCCAGGGUUCCAAGUUCAGUUGAUGGUCUGGAAGCUCAAGAAAAAUUGGAGAAAUUUUCUGACCUAUGGACAUCAUCCAAGCCAAGAAGAUACAAGAAAAUGAGUGUUGCUGCACAGUUAAAGAGAACUAAGGAAGGACGCGUAGACAUACAGUCUCCAGACUCGAUUCUCACUAGUAUUCCCCUUCGUUCUCUCAUCAACCAACGAACAUUUAAUAUGUUGCCACAAUGGUAUCAGUACAAGUUAGUGACUCUACUACCAAAAGUUGACCGGGCAAUAGGCCAUGAUGGAGCUUUAAGACCAUCACACACUGCAUUCACAAAUGAGUUCUUUGCAAGUGCAUGUCAUUCUUGGAAAGACAGGCUUCAGGAUGGUGACUUUAUGACUGAUAUGCAACAGAGGAUGAAACAGGAGGAAGAGAGACUGGCAAAAUUGGAUCCUUGGAAGGCCAAGUUCUUCGAGCCUGUCUGGGGAAAAAGGAACAUUCCAGACAAUUCUUUAUCCCAAGACCCUACGGAUUCCUACUUCACAGCCCCACUCUCCCCGGCGCCAGCCUCGUCACCAAGAAGCACCAUGACUGCAAACCACAAGGAUCCCACCCUGGGCAGGUCACAACUCAAAUCACCAAGGGUGGCAAGUGGUAUGAUACAACCGCUGACAGUACCUGUACAAAAACUACCGGCGCAUUGUCUUCCUAAACGAGUCACCGAGUCAAGGAGAUCCGAAGCCGCUAAACAGCUCCGUGCGAACGCACGUACGUCUCGACCGCGGUCCAUACCAAUUUACAAAAUGGUCACUGUGGCGGUUGCCACAGAAGCUCUUAAAGCUGUAAGAACUUGCGCUCCACCGUCCAUGCUUACUGCUAGUACGGUGUACGCGAAAAAACGGACAAUAAAGACGCCUUGUAGUGAGGCUUCAACUGACAGCGCGUUGUCUCGAGAAACGUCAGCAGCUUCCAUUUCUACUCCGUCGAUUCUAUCCCACGAUGCUGUAGAGCUCCGUGCUCCCGCCUCCCUCAUAAAACCGAGACCUCCAUCCCGUGCUGCCAUGCGUCAACAGGUGGCAGCCAACCGGGAGGAUCUAACACGACGAGGCUCUGCUUCGGGCACUGCUACAAGAGGUGGCUUUACGUCGACUACGGUGUCCGCUAAGAACUUUAACAGAUCGAUGCUGCUUAAGAGUUGUUCUUGCCGUCUGAAAGCGAUGGAGGUUUGCAGAAAAUGCGGAGCAUUCUGCCAUGAUGACUGUAUCAGCGCGGCCCAGCUCUGUAACUCGUGCGUCAGUGUUAACUGACCGACGCCACAUGCAAUAUGUUCAUAUCAUUCUGGUCUUAAAAAUUAAAUUUCACUUGUCCUUAAUAGAGAUAAUCGCGCUUCCGUUGCCACCAGAAAGUUAACACCUCACGGUUGAGUUUUUGUUCAUUAUUAUUAUUUCUCUGUUUGCUUUUACCUUUGCUUUUUGAGAUCUUUCCAAAUGUUAGACAGAUUUCGCUUGAUGUGAAUGCCUCGUUGGCGUCAAAACCGCGCGAUUUUUAGUACUAAAUACUUCGCCUCCAUGAACAAGACCAGAGGGAAAAGUUUUUACGUCGCUUACCAGUCUAUUUUUGAUUUUUAAUUUCCAACUAAUACUUUUCGAAUACUAAAUAUUCGAAUAUUUUCAAAAAAGUGUAAACUUAAACAAAAAAAAGCCGUCAAAAACUUUCAGGGGUGACUGCGGUAGCGCGGUAAUAGCUGUAACAUUUAAGGUAGACAAACUUUUAAUCAUCUUUUUUAAAUCUUAAGUCGUAUCACGAUAACCGUUGAGCCUCAGGCUUUAUUGUACAAGACACUCACUAACACAGAUUGGUCACUUCAGGAGCUAAAUCACAGUAUAUACAUUUUGAAAAAUUGUCCCCUAAGCUUUUAAGUUUGUGUUCUGUUCUAUAGUCCAGUCUUCUCCUCCAAGAUGCAAUUUUCCUUUGAAUGCCCAAAGGAAUCUGGUAUAGCGAAGGCUAUCACUGCGCUCUGUGACUGAUCCAGAAAACUCGCGCCACUUUUCAACCGAUCACAAUCUCGCUUGGUCACCAGCGUUUUCCGGUGUCUUUUCCAAUUUGUUUGACGCUAGAAUUCAUUGGCACACGAGAAAAUUUUACAAUUGGUUGCUGUGGUUAGUUUUGUUUUUCGUUUACGACUCUCAAUUGAGAAGGGCGCAAACGGUACUUAUAAACUAAUGCAGGUAUAGUGUCAGAUUUGGCUAGAAGCGACACAAAAUUUCGUGUUCCCUUGACCCUUUGUGACCAAAAGAGAAUAACUCCCUACAAUACUGAUACAUUUUCACGAUACAAAGCGACGAGAAAAUGGAAAAAACAUCCAGGGUAUAUGGUUUGAUGAAACUCGAAAUUCUCAGAACCAAAAUUGUAGUAAAAGUAUGGAACAUGGUUCAGAGAAUUGUAAGUUUGAGAGCGAAAGGGUUUUAGUUCACGAUGUUGUGAAAAAACGACCAAUCCUAUCUGUAAGCUCCAUGACAUUCUGUUAACUGAAAGUUUCUUUAUUUCUGUCGUAAGUAGAGUACAAGAAGAGAUAGGACAAUUUAUGAGAAUUAUGUUAGAAACAUGAGAUUAUAAUAUUGUAAAUAAUGACUUCAAAUGACCAGGUCAGUCGGAUUUAAAAGAGGAAAAAAAAUUAUUACAUUCAGCUGUCCUGGGCCGUUUUUAAUAAAUAAUUGAUGUUUUGACA